GAAAAAAGGUCUCAUUUUUUCAACACAAAUUCCCAAAAUCACUGUUCAUCACGGCCAGAAAAAACCCUACCUUUUCUGCUCUCAAUCUUUCUCUAUAGAUGUAACGAUUUGCUGUUUCGGCAUUGUGAAUUUCAAUUUUUUUGAGUGAAUUUUGAUGGAUUACAAGUAUGAAUCGGUAGGCGAUCAUCCGGCGCCGGCGCCGGCGCCGGUGCGGCCUCAGACGAUGACGAGCUAUCCACAGCAUCCUCAUCCUCCGAUGGGUUAUACACAGCUUCCGUCUCUCACUUACUUCUCUCAACAAGCCAUUCGAGUUUCAGCUGGCUACACGGCGCCUCAAUUUGAAAACAAACCUGAUCAUAUCCAAAACCAACCUGCCAAUAUGCGUGAGGCAAUUUGGAGAGAGAUUGAGAAGGAGAAAAUUAAACAGGAGAUUAUAGCUGAAGAAAAAGCUCGAAGACACAUGUUGGAGUUGGAAGUUAGACGAGAGCUCAUGAUGGAAAGAGAACUAGCAAAGCAGAGUGGAGAGGGAUUGUCUCCUUUUUCUUCACCUGCAAUGAGUUUCUCUCACAUGCUUCCGUUCUCGAAGCAACAGAGUGUUGUAAGGUCUGUAGAGGAAAGAAUUGCAAGGUCACUUGAGGAUAGGAUGGGAAGGGACAUAUCAGUCUCUAGAAUGGGUGCAAGAAAUGAGAUUGGGAGACUUGAAAUAGUACCAUUUGAGGAGCGGAUUCCAGAGAUUCCUUUUCAGCAGCGGAGUGUGGAACCAGAAAAUUCUGCUUUGAAGCCUGUACCCCACAGUUCAGUGCCGAUGAUUUCAGAAUUGCAGCCCCCUUUGGAGCCUAGCAAAGAAAAAGACAAGAUCAUCUUGCUGGCUAAGCCUAGUGUCUCUGGAGCAAAACGAAAAGCUGUUACACCACCAGUGGAUGUUGCCAGCCAGCCUCCGUCUUCCAGUGUUCCAAACAAAAAUGGGAAAGAGGACUGGAGUUGUGCACUUUGCCAGGUAAGUGCGACUUGUGAGCGUGGUCUGAAUGAUCACCUCCAAGGAAAGAAACACAAGUCCAAGGAAGCUGCUUUGCGAGAACAGAGGUUCGGGAAGAACUACAGCAUCGGUCUUUUCCCAAAGAAACCUAAGAUUAACAACCUUUCAGAAGCCGAUGGCAAUGUUAACAUGGAGCAAAUGGUAAAACCACAAGUUGAAUUGUUGCUUCAGAACAAAUCAGGGGAAAGAUCAUCUCUAGUAAUUUUGGAGAAAGAAGGUGCAGAGGACACCAUCACCCCAACUCUGCAUCACAAUGCUGAUGACUUGAAGAAAAGUGCAAAUGCAGCUCCAAAAAAGCAGAAGGCUAGGAAGAAGUACAAAUUUUGGUGCGCAACGUGCAAAGUAGGGGCUCUGUCAGAGGUGUCAUUGGAGGCACACAGGGUAGGGAAGAAGCAUAAGGCUCGUCUCCUGGUGCUCAGCAGCGCUGCUGCUUCAGCUGUCAAGGUUGAGAGCACUCAGACUGUUAAUGAAGCAUUAAAAGAGGUCGAAGAAACUGAAGCUGUUAAGGUUGAGAACACUCAGACUGUUAAUGAAGCAUUAGAAGUGGUCGAAGAAACUGAAGCUGCUAAAAUUGAAAGCACUCCAACUGUUAUUGAAGCAUCAAAAGAGGUUGAAGAAACUGAAACUGCUAAGGCUGAGAGCACUCAAACAGUUAAUGAAGCAUUAGAAGAUGUCGAAGAAACUGAAGUGAUCGAUGAGGUAGGUGCAGGUGUGCCCGACAAGCAGGAAGAAGUGUUCACCACUGGCGAUAACUGAGUCCAGUUAUUUUCAGGAGUAUUAUAGUGUUAUUGAUGUAGAGUUUAGGGGAUGGAUUGUAAGGUAAACUGUGACAACUUGUCUACCAAUUGUGAUGUGUAUGUACUAUUUUAGUACUCUAGCUCUGUUCUCACAUAAUUGGGUAUUUUUCAGUUUAUGAAAUGACAUAUGAUUGGACAAAAGAUCAUGGAAUAGUUUUUCAUUA